AUGGGCUGCAAUGUGUCCCGUGCUGUGGCCCCCGGACCAAAUGGGGACACACGAGGCGAGGGGUCAUCCUUGCUGGCGGAGGUCGACAAUAGAAGCCAGCUGCUGUCACGGAGAGCUACACUGCUUGCUGCUCUGGGUCGGGCAGAGGUUUUUGCUGUGGAGUACGACGCUCUUCGUGACGAAUCGCAGGUACCUUUGAGGUUGGAGUACUUGAACGGAAUUUGGAAUAAUUUGGAGACCGUUCAAGCGGAACUGGAGGACAACGAAACCAACGAAGAUGGUAAGGUCGAGCAUGCUGCUGUGCGUGCUGAUUUCGAGCCCCGGCUCUUUAAAAUAAAAGCAUGUCUUAUUUCAAAAUUGUCUCCUCUUCCUAACGAUCGGAGCCCUCAACCCUCUCGUGUAUCCUCCACUCUCUCUGGCAUCAAGCUGCCAACAAUUUCGUUGCCUGAGUUCGAUGGUGAUUACAUGCAAUGGCUUGCAUUCCACGAUACUUUCUUGGCAUUGAUUCAUUCAAACUCUGAGGUCCCGGAUAUUCAGAAAUUCCACUAUUUGAGGGCAGCUGUCAAGGGGGAAGCUGCUCAGUUGAUUGAAUCGAUCGGUAUCAGCUCUGCGAACUAUUCUUUAGCAUGGCAAACUUUAGAAAGCAGGUAUUCCAACGAUUAUUUGCUGAAGAAGCGUCACUUGCAGGCACUGUUGGACAUUCCGAGGAUGAAGAAGGAGUCUGCUGCUGCGCUUCACGGGUUGGUGGACGAAUUUGAACGUCACACCAAGAUUCUUCGACAACUGGGAGAACCAACCGACGCCUGGAGUACCAUUUUGGAGCAUCUGCUAUGCACGCGUCUACACGAUGACUCUUUGAAGGCAUGGGAAGACCAUGCAUCUACCGUCGACAAUCCGGAUUACACUUGUCUCAUAGAUUUUUUGCAACGAAGAACUCGAGUACUGGAAUCGAUCUCAGUCAACCAUCAAACUGCUGAUUCGCAUUCCGCUUCUGGUCCACCAGCUCAUUCGUCGAAGAGAACAUUCCAUUCACAGCUUCGUCUCUCUUCUUGUGCCUCCACAGCGAGUUCACCAGUAACACAUGUUGGUGAGAAAUGUGUCCUCUGUAACCAGUCCCAUUUACUGAUGAGAUGUCAGCGUUUUAACCGACUUUCGCCAAGUGAACGUCAGCAGUUUGUGAAAUCAAAACGUCUGUGUGACAACUGUAUGAAAGGUGAUCACAUUGCCCGCAAUUGUCCAUCCAAUUUCAACUGCCGUAAGUGCAGCCGUCGUCAUCACACUCUUCUCCACUCUGAACAGCCCGACGGUUCCAGUCGAUUCAACAAUGAGGGUACAUAUACCGCUCCAGCUACAACCGCUUCGACUUCUUCGCAGCCCAGUGGGUCUUCUGCAGCACAACCGUCUACGCAAUCAACAGUUGCUGCUACUGAGAGCAUCCCGCAAACUGAAGUCAGUGCCACUGUCCAGCAGUACCGUGAGAACGUGUUCCUUCUCACCGUGAUCGUUAAGGUGAUCGAUGCGUACGGUGAAGAGCAUCUAGCGCACGCGCUUCUCGACAGCGCAUCGCAACCGAACCUCAUCACAGAUCGUAUGGCUCAUAUUCUACGCCUUCGAAGGCAGAAUGUGAACGUCACAGUACAAGGGGCCGGCAAACUUUCAAAGCCAGUACGUGAAUCCGUUUUCGCUCAUGUUUUUUCUAGAAAGGGUGAUUUUUCGUGCAGCGUCGACUUUCUUGUGAUGGACAAAGUAACGGCGAACCUUCCAUCGCAAACCAUAUCAACAAAAGAAUGGCACAUUCCGAAGGACUUAUUUCUUGCAGAUCCGUCUUUCAACGAGAGUCAGCCAAUCGACAUGGUGCUAGGUGCCAAACAUUUCUACUCGUUCUUCCCGAGUGCUGCACGCCUGCAGCUGGGCCGAAACCUUCCUCUACUGGUGGACAGUGUCUUCGGCUGGAUUGUUGCUGGGUCGACAAACCAAAAUUCCCCUAUACAAGUGACGUCACCCACCUCUAUGGUUGUUUCGAUGAUUUCUUUGGAGGACAGUCUAGUGCGUUUCUGGAAAACUGAAGAGCUGACUACCAAGGACAACUACUCUGUUGAAGAAAGGCACUGUGAAUCGUUGUAUCAAUCAACCGUAUCCCGUGAUCCUACAGGACGAUACAUCGUUCGGUAUCCCCGUAAACCAGACUUUAACGUUAUGCUAGGAGAGUCGAAGAGCACUGCACAACGCCGUUUCGGACUACUUGAAAGGCGUUUGGAACGAGACCCAAACCUAAAAGAUGAAUACCAUUUGUUUAUGCGAGAGUACCUCUCCCUCGGCCAUAUGCGGCUGGUCGAAGCGGACGACGAACACCACUCUCAAGCCUACUAUCUGCCCCACCACCCCGUAAUUAAGGAAGCAAGUACGACGACCAAGGUUCGGGUCGUAUUUGACGGCUCGGCCAAAACUUCUGCCGGCUUCUCUCUAAAUGAAGCUCUUUGCGUGGGUCCUGUGGUACAAGACGAUCUUUUGACCAUCAUCUUGCGGUUUCGUACCUUUCCGAUCGCCCUGGUCGGUGACAUAGCCAAAAUGUACCGACAGGUACUUGUUCACCCCAACGAUUCUCCUUUGCAGCGCAUCCUUUGGCGAUUUUCAGACCAAUCUCCAGUCCAGACAUACGAACUGCUCACUGUUACGUAUGGUCUCGGUCCAUCUUCUUACCUGGCAACACGAACUCUCCAGCAACUGGCAGAAGAUGAAGGUCGAACAUUCACUGCAGCUGGCCCAGCACUUAGAAAGGGUUUCUACGUGGACGAUUUUAUUGGUGGAGCUCAAACCGUGGAAGAAGCAAUCCGUCUUCGCAUAGAGCUCGCUGAACUAUUGGAAAAAGGAGGAUUCGCACUACGUAAAUGGACCUCUAACCGGCUCGAAGUUCUGCAAGGUCUCACCGAUGAUCAGAUUGGCAUGCAAUCCGCUUUGCACUUUUGUCCAAAUGAAACCAUUAAGGCAUUGGGAAUUAGUUGGGAGCCCGAAGCUGAUUUCCUUCGUUUCGACUCACAGAUUCGACACAGCGAUGAACACCCGACAAAGCGAACGAUUCUCUCCGACAUAGCACGACUAUUCGACCCUCUUGGAUUAAUCGCCCCUGUCGUCGUCCGAGCGAAAAUUUUGAUGCAGGAACUGUGGCUUCUAUCCUGCGGCUGGGAUGAUCCUGUACCAGAACCCAUCAAGUCUAAAUGGGAAAGCUACCAUCGAGAACUGGCAAAGAUUUCGGAGCACCGUGUAGACAGGUAUGCCUUAUUACCCGGCUCAUCUAUUCAACUGCACACCUUUGCAGAUGCUUCCCAAUCCGCAUACGGUGCAUGCACGUACGCUCGCUGUGAAGAUGGACGAGGAAGAGUGAGGAUCCAGCUUUUGGCUUCAAAGUCACGCGUCGCCCCACUGAAGCGAAUCAGCAUCGCUCGAUUGGAACUGUGUGCUGCCGUGCUAGCUGCUCAUCUGCACACCCACAUCAAAAAGGCCAUCGACGUCAACAUAAUAGCAUCCUAUUUCUGGUCCGACUCAGCUGUCACUCUACAGUGGCUACGAUCUCCACCAAACGUAUGGCCCACGUUCGUUGCCAACAGAGUGUCAGAAAUCCAGCAGUAUACACACGGAUGCCAAUGGAAACACGUUCCUGGAGGAGAAAAUCCAGCUGACCUGGUUUCGCGCGGUAUGUCUGUCGAAGAUUUCCUCAAAAGCUAUUUGUGGAUUAACGGUCCUAGUUGGUUAACACGUUCACUGCAAAAUUGGCCCAAUUCGAUACCCCCAGGUGUCCCAAAAGAAGAACUGGAAAUAAAAACAACUGUCGUUGUCGCUCAAGUAACACCUACAGUGCACCCCUGGUUUCUACGAUGGUCAUCAUACAAUCGCCUUCUUCGUAUCAUUGCAUACUGUAUGAAAUUCGUCACCAAUACCCGAGCAAAAGUGCGCACGCAGCCCCCACCGACUCCCAUCGACCGAUCACUUACCGUCGAAGAACUAUCAAAUUCAAAAACGCUUCUUAUUCGUUUGGCUCAACACGACGAUUUUGCUGCAGAAAUAAAACAAUUGGAGGAAGGCAAUUCAGUUUCGAAGCGUUCCCCCCUUCACUUGAUGAGCCCAUUUAUAGACCCAGAGAGAGUGUUGAGAGUGGGAGGUCGUUUGAAUCUGUCGCAAUUACCCUACCAAGAAAAGCACCCCGCUUUAAUUCCUACCAAUCAUCCGCUAACUCGCCUCAUCGUCGAACAUUUUCACCGGAAACUAUUCCACGGCGGCGGGCGUCUACUGCUGACAGCGAUUCGAGAGGAAUUCUGGCCCCCGAGAGGCCGCAAGCUAAUACGCAGCGUCGUCAGAAAUUGUUUUCGUUGCACACGCCUCAACCCGGUACCUGCCCAGCAGCAAAUUGGUCAAUUGCCAGCCCCAAGAGUAAUACCCAGUCGUCCAUUCAGUGUCACAGGUGUGGAUUAUGCGGGUCCAUUGUACCUUCGACCAAUUCACAAACGUGCCGCACCUGCUAAAGCCUACCUGUGCCUCUUCGUGUGCUUCGCGACCAAAGCAGUCCACCUAGAAUUGGUUAGCGAUUUGUCCACCCAAGGCUUCUUAUGUUCGUUGCGAAGAUUUAUUGCCCGGCGUGGCCGGCCCGCGCACAUUCAUUCAGAUAACGGGAAGAAUUUUGAAGGGGCCAAGAAUGAACUAUCUGCACUGUUUACCAUGCUUCAAAAUCGUUCCCAGCAGGAAGAAAUAUCUUCUGCCUAUACCGCAGAAGGAAUUACCUGGCACUUGAUACCCCCUAAAGCCCCCCACUUUGGCGGUUUGUGGGAGGCGGCCGUAAAGGUAGCGAAAAAACACUUGUUCCGACAGCUGGGUUCAAGUCGACUUUCGUUCGAGGAAAUGUGCACGAUUCUUACCCAAAUCGAAGCAAUUAUGAACUCGCGACCGUUGCUUCCAAUGACAGAAGACCCUAAUGAUUUAGCCGCUUUGACACCUGCCCACUUCCUCAUCGGAUCAUCGAUGCAUGCCCUGCCCGACCCAGACCUACGGAACAUACCUGCGAACCGACUCGACCACUACCAAAAGCUGCAGAUGCAUUUGCAGCAAUUUUGGAUCCAUUGGCGAAAAGAGUACCUGCAGGAGCUACAAAAAGACACGAGACGAUGGAUACGGAACGACGAAAUUAUCCCUGACAAACUAGUCAUCAUCGUUGACGAUCUGCAACCACCAAUUCGUUGGCCACUCGCUCGCAUCGAAUCAGUCCUGCCAGGAAAGGAUCAACUUACGCGAGUUGUAUCACUUCGUACUGACCGCGGUAUCAUCACUCGACCGAUUACAAAAAUCUGUCUGUUACCGUGCACAACGACAGCCCCAGAAGCAGAAGGAUGUUUAACGAUGGUCAACAACCCACAACCGGCCCAACGGAGUCCGGAUACACCACUAGAAUAA